CGCAGCUCGUUGAGUGUGGCCACCCCGCCACGCUGACGCCGGAGUACCGUGACCGGUUCGCAGCUGGUUCGCAGAAGGCAAGGGCAAGCAGAAGGCUUCUCUUUGUUCACUCCACCUGGCACCCACCGCAGUCCUCCCCUUGCGCUUCUCAUCCUUUACGAACUAGGACGCCUUGGAAGUCUCAGACACACCACCAUGGCAUUGGGCUCGAACUCCGUCUCCAUCUCUGCCCUUCGCCAAUCGACUCACGAUGAACUCUCCGUGGACGACGAAGAGAUUGACCAGCUAGACUCUGGGUUGGACUCGGAAGAAGAGGUGGACGAACUAGAGGACACUGUCCCUGUAGUUAGCAAGGCACGUCCGAAGAAGACGGGGGAGCGUGUCCCGGGUCACACACUCAUACCCCCCUCACGCGUAGAGAACAUAUUGCAAGGCAGCGAAGCCGGAGCUCACUUGUCGAAGGAAGCUUUGUACAUGCUGUCUGUCGCCACAGAAGAGUUCAUCAAAAGGCUUGCGCACGCGGGACAGCGUAUGGCUGGAAAAGAAGCACGGCAGCUCGUGUACUACCGCGAUGUUGCUGCUGCUGCACAGAGACACCAUGAAUUCAAGUUUGCUGAUGACGUGAUACCUCCUCCAAUGUCGAUCGCAGAAGCGCUCGACCUACGAGCAGCAAGAGAAAAGGAACUUGCCGAUGCUGACCCAGCACUAGCCCCGUCAGUAGACCCCUGGGCCAUCCCCCCAUCAUCCGAUCCGUCGACACCGCAAGACCCCUCCGCCGCUAUGAAUGCGAGGACCAAAAGCAGGUCCAGGCAGUCGCAUGCCAACGGCAACGAGGAGACCGAUGGUUCUGUCUCUACAACUUAUGUCAGCAGGCCACGUCAACGGGAUCCGAGCGGCAGAUAUAGCGCCAGCGCCAAUGGGAAACCGAGCGAGCGCAGGAGCGGAAGCGCGAGUGCGCGGUCGUCCGUGGGGACACGUCCGGGUAGUUCGCGCAUCCGGGAUCGGGCAUCGCGAGCCUCGGAUGGUGGGCAGUAUGCCUCUAUCGAUAGUCCCUCUUCGGCAAAUGGCACCCCAUCUAUAUCCAGGGGAGGCAUGGGCCCGCCUGCUCCGCCACGGCCGUCUUCUUCAUUGAGCAACCGUAUGCGAGCGGAGGACGGUCGUUCGAAUCACUCAAAGCCUCCCAACGGAUUCACGGACGACCACCGGCUGUUGAACGGGAGCAGCAGAGGGAGUGGCAUCGCAGAUGCACCAGGACGGACGAUAUAUUCCGCGAGGGCAACUCAGUCCAACAGAUAGUCUGUAUACCCGUCACUGCAUACUUAUCCCAUUACCCCCUCGCA